AUGAAGCUCGUAAGUUCUUCGUCGCCACUUUCUUGGCUGUUGCUGCCGCCGUUCCUUCCAGCUACAAGCCGGAAUACAAAGCUCCCAGCUACCCUGCCCCAAGCUACCCGGCACCAAAGUACCCUGCACCAGCCUACCCCGCACCGGCCUACCCUUCACCAAGCUACAACAAGGAUAACAAAUACGCUGAUAAUCACCGUCACCAGCCAAUCCGACGAACGUAACAUCGAUGGCAGCAGCCAGUGGAGCUAUGCUCAGUCUGACUACACCACCCGUGAAGAGUCUCAGGCCCAGAAGAAGAUGCAAGGAGUCACCUACGACUCUUACGGCAAAGAAUCAUACGGCGAAGUCCUAGGCAACACCAACAAGGGAUCCUCCUACUGGGUUUCCCCUGAAGGCGAGAAGCUCACUUUGACUUGGGCUGCUGAUGAAGCUGGAUUCCAGCCCAAAGGUGAUCCACUUGCCCGUCGCUCCCGUCCACGAAUACGAGCUCCCAGUCGCUCCCGUCCAUGAAUACGAGCUGCCAGUCGCCCCCGUUCACAUCCCCUUCAAUGGAAAGGGUUACAAGAUUUACUAGAUUUCCCGAAACAUGAUUGAAUAUUUAAAACACGUCCCAUAAUUUAUAUAUCUGGAUAUCGUAUACGUGGUGUAAAUAUAAAUACAAUCAACGUACGAAA